AUGCCUGAGGCGACAAGAUCUUCGUUUACCACAUCUGUUCAUGAAGAUUUGCCUCCUAGAGGGUUCGGGAAAUCGAGAUAUACGGCAAACGAACCACGCCGUUCAGGUCGCGCGACCAAAGGUGUGCAUACAAAAGAUCGCGAAGACUCCGAUGGUGCGCCGAAGCAAAAAGGCAAGGCCAGUAAAAGCAAGAAAGGCAAAGCAGAACCGGAACCGGAGGAUGAUGAGCAGGACGAAGAAGAGAAUGCUUACAUUCGCUGCAUCUGUGGCAAAUAUGAAGAGGAAGAAGAGGAACCACGAGCCAUGAUCUGUUGCGACAAGUGCGAUGCGUGGCAGCACAACGACUGCAUGGGAUUGCCCGAAGAUUAUACGCCAUCCAGCUACUUUUGCGAGCAGUGCAAGCCUGCGAAUCAUAAAGAGCUUCUAGCAGCAAUAAAGAGAGGUGAGAAGCCAUGGAUCGAUGCUGAAAUUCGCCGGAAUCAAGCCAAGGAAGAGAAGAGUGGCAAGAAAAAGGGCAAGAAAGGUGGACGCAAAUCCGCUGCUCGUGCUAGCGACGCGAACCGCACACCUACGAUUGAGCCAGACGAGGCAGCUGUUUCCAAGAAGAGAAAGGCUGAAGAAUCACCAGCUCCUCCCGAGGCUAUGAAGCCAAAACGCGCCCGGUCAAGCCUUCGAGAAAGUACCAAUGGCCCGAACGAGGAAGAAAAACCUCCAGUAGAAGAUCAGAAUGAAGAUGUCAUGGAAGAAGAUUCGAUUUUCGUGGACGUUGCAAAGGACCCCAAGGAGAUCACUGAUUCUUAUCGUAGCAAAAUAGCCACGAACAUUGUCAGGUUAUUUAGCGACCAAGCAAAUAACCUGGUGCAGCAGAAAGCUAUAGACCUUGCCAAAGGCGAGACUGCUAAGGGCCUCGGCACCCAGAUUGCGCUUCAUGUCGAGCACGCAGUAUACCACGUUCGUUCUGGUGGCUCAGGAGAGCCUAGUGAGGCCUACAAGGAGCAGAUGCGCAGUAUACUCAACAACAUCAAGACAAACCCUGAUCUAGCAAAACGCUUGAUGAGCAGACAACUGCGUCCAGAUGAGCUCGCGGCUAUGGACCCGAAGGAUAUGGCUACAGAGGAGCAGAAGCAAAAGGACUUGAAAGAGAAGGAAAGAAUGGACAAACAGCACGUACUUAUUGAGGAGCAGACUCAGGGUCCAAGAGUCAGGAAGACACAUAAAGGCGAUGAAUAUGUCGAGGGAACAGAUGUAGGGCGGGAGAUACCAGAGACGCCUCCACGUCCGCCAUCGCCGAAACCUGUCGCAGCCGAGCAGAAACCAGAGAUGAAAAGCCCAACGCCAGCGGAUAAACCAUCGAUUAUGCGCAAGCCUUCGGCCUCGACUAAAGGCAAACCAUUUGGCGACAAUCGAAGGAAGUCUUCCUCAAACUUUGACAUUGACAAAGUCUACGCAGGAGUACAAGCUUCACCUGUGGACGCAGAGGGACCAAAGUCUCAAGUUGCUGGAGAAGGAUCGCCUCUGCUUAGCACAGCCGCAGAAGCAGAUCCCGAAGUCGAUCGCCUUCUUAGAGACGAAGACAAUGAAUCAGCACCUUACUCACCCAAGGAGUUUAUCGACGAGGACGUUGUUUGGCGUGGACGAGUCGACGGUGGUAGUCUUGGCACAUUUAAUACAGUGGCACGAUUUGCAGCCGGAUGCUUGCCCAGCGUUGAUAACCUGCGCAUGUCAUGGGAUCAAGUCGUACCUUCCUCGAUCAAAUUGCAUGGCCGCAUACAGCCAAGUAAGGCAGAUGAGUACUUGUGUGGCCUCGAAUACAGCAAUACCACUGAGCUCAUCAUUGUCAAUUUGAUUGAGCCCAAGGACUCUGAGAGCAGGGAGGAGUUCUCAAAAUUCUUCAAUUACCUCAAGUCCAAGGAGCGAUACGGAGUUGGCAGUCAACAUCAAGUGCCAGCCAUCAAGGACAUAUACUUCCUACCAAUGGAGGUUGGACAGUCCUUGCCAACGGUCAUGAAGGCUCUCGAUCAUACUUUGCCUGAUCCAGCAACCGAAAGGUCGCUCCUGCUUCCUAUCGUUAUUAAGUGGACAGAACUCCCACAUAAUGCCGAGAAGGUGAAACAGAUGAACCAAGCAGCACAACUUCUGGCCUCACAAAGUCCAAAUCCUGGCCAUCAUGUAGCCCAAACUCCAAUCACACCACACGAGCCACAAAUCAUGCAACUCGAUGGUACAUCGUCCUACUCAGGACUACCAAAUCCAACGGCGACCAUUAACGGAGGAGCCGCCUCAAUGCCUCGUCAGCAAUCAACACCAACACCUGCACAACAAGGAGCUUACUCUACACCACCUCCCCAGGCGCAAACGCAAACACAACAACCUCAACAACAAAUCCACCACCCUCUCCAGCAGAGUGAAGCGCCCGCCGCCAAAAACGCAAUGAAAAUCCUCGGUCCCGAAAUGGCUGCAGCUCCUGCAGUAGUAGAGCUGAUCGCCACGGCGCCAGGUGCCGGAGAACUAGAAUUCGAAAUCAUCAAGGAGUGUAUUACGGAGAACUCUGAGGCGGGACGUAGGUUAGAUGUGCUCACGCAUAUGUUGCAAUUGAAGUACCAGAGUCAGAGGAGUAGUCAGCAGAGUGGCGGUGGUGGGACACCAGCGCCGACGACGCCUGCUGGCACGUAG